AUGUCAGGCCUAUUUAAUAAAGUUGCAUCCUCAUUACGUGGAGGCGGUUGUGGGUCAAUUAAAAUAAUUCCAAACACAGAAGUAGACUUUAAGGGUGAUAUUUACGACAUAGACAAUUUCAUAACUAGAUUUGAUUCUGUUGUCUAAAUUAUACACACUAAAGUAGAUGAUGCGGCCAAUUAAUCCGAAGCUUAAGAAAUAAUGAUAGCCAUAUAAUGGUUUAUUUUUUAAGAGGAAAACAUUUAAAAACUUAUCAAGAAUGCCUAAAAGGUCAGGAAAUCAUACAACUUGAUUAUAGAUGGAAUCCUAAAAUUACUGAAAAGUUGUUAGAUCUAUGUCAGAACGGAUUCAUUUAAAUGUUUAUUCAUCUUAAGGACUACAGCUUCUCUAUCUAAAGUGAUAUUUAUCUUCCAUAUGAGAAAGGAUUAAAGAUUUAUGAACUGUGACACAUAAAAGCAAUUGAAAAUUAAAUUAACUUUUUUUUCUCCGGGCAGGCGGAGAAAAAGAUACAUUUUAAAAUUCAUGCCUCCUCCAUCGGCUCUUGCUCAGAGGAAGGUCCGAAGAGUGAGGGCUGAAGUGCUUUGCCUAGAAGCCAAGGAGUUGAGGUUUCUCAACCUGUGA